CUUUAUUUGUUUAGACAUUGAAAUGGUUACAUCUGAAGAUUUGGAUGUAGUAGACCUUUUUUUUUAUAUUUACAAUAAUGUACUAUUCCUUCUUUUGAACCAUAUUUCUAGUGAGCAAAACAACGAAACCAAGGGCGUGUACUGCAUGUACUGUAACCAUGGCACUUGUAAUAAAUCCCAAGUGCCAUGGUUAUCCUGCUGGCUUUGGGUAUGAUGGCAUGAGACCUUUAUAGUUGCAUAAUCUGCACUGUAACUCUUGUUACUGAGUGCAGAAAAUGCUAAUCAUAAAUGAAAUGACUCAUUAUGACGGACAUCUAUAAUGAAACAUCCGUAUCCUAGACCUAUUUACUAAUUACCAGUGAUCUUUUCAUGACAAAAAAAAAUCUCUGCCAAAAAAUCCAUCGAUGUGCGGAUGACGGCAGUGAAAACUUCAACCUAUUUAGCAGUACCUUGUCAGAUCCUGGGUUGAUUAGACACCUCCUAUUGUAGUUAUGUUAACAACUAGUACUUGUGCUCAUGACUCACUGAGUAUUUAAAGUACAUCUCAAACCCUCAAAUCAGGACCAAAUCAUAUUUCGAAUGAGUGCUAAUGCUGCGGACAGGACGCAGUAGAUCUUAGCACUCAGAUGAAAGUGUGUAAGAGCUGCUGAAUCAUCACAGCAUGCUCCAGCCUGUGCCAGCACAGUAAGUGGACACCGUCUCCUCUACCCUGCUGAUCUAUUAUGCAGAGGCUGGACUGAAGGAGAGGCACACUGGCGAACAAUAAACUCUGAUGUGCUUCGUAUUGGAGCAGAUCUUCAUCUCCUUUAAGACCUGAUCUGUGUAUUGGAUCUUGUUAGUGCUUUAUAAAGCAUGGCUCUGGGUGGCAGAAUGAAUCUUUACCAGGCAGUAGACAGUCCCAUGUUCACGAUGAGAGUGCUUCUGAGUCUGAUCCCUCUGCUGUUCAUCGCAUGGAGCACAAACAACGCUGACGCACUGCCUGUACAGGACAAACUGCCAAACAGCAAUGAGGUACUGACAAAAGAGCAGAAGGAUUUCAUGACAAAGUUUUUGGCCAACCUUGCUGAAUUGAACAUGACCAUCAAAGACCUGGAGACCAUGGACCAUGAGCAGCUGAGUAAACUGAGUGAGAGAGCUGCUUUUGGCCUGCCACCUGCUCGAGAGAAAUCCCAGUGCAACUUCUUCUGGAAGACUUUCUCUUCAUGUUAAACUUGCAUGUAUAUAAGUGACCAAAAUGUACCCAAUAAUCAUAUACAUUACAUAGCUAAUAAACAGCUGAACACCAAAAGCUCUAAGUGCUAAUAAACAUCAGAAAAUGU